CACUUGGCGACGGCAAACACAUCGGAAUACAUAGCCAUAUUUGUGCGGACAUUCAAUUCCAGCCGAAAUGGCUGAAAAAGCCCCGCCAAGGGUAAGAUUUAUAGGAGUGAAACCAGUUGCCGACGUUUCCGACGACGACAUGAAUAAUUUUACUCCACAAACAGGUAACAACCAAAACUCAGUGGAAAAUAAAGUCAGCAGAGGUCAGAAUAAAUCUAAAUUUUUUCCAGUUCCACCACAUGUACUGUCAGCACACGAUGUACAGUUUGCUGAAAUUGACAAGUCAUUCCAUGAGGUAGAAUUAAAGUUUGCAAGCCCGGUCAAGGAUGCAAAAGAAUUAAAGGUCCACGGCACUGAGGAAGGAAAAAAUGAAGAUAUGGAAGCAAAUGAUGAUUCUGAUGAAUUUAGAAAGGAAAAACUGAAGAAAAAGAAACUGAAAAAGAAUUCCGUUUUACCUUUGGGUGUUACACAAAUGGAUAAAGAGAAAUUUGAAGAUUUCACUAAAGAUAUGGAUGCUGGAGAACCGGACUGCAGAAAUGACAAGAGGAAGAAAACGAAGAAGGGAAAUGGCAAGACAAAAAAGAAGAAGAAAAAAGGAAAGAAGGAACCAGUCGUGGAACCGCAGAACACUUUAACGGCAAACAAGAAACCAGAGCAGAAAGUGGAGGUGAUUGAAGCCACAAAGAAGAUAAACAGUGACAAAGACAAGCCCGCAGACGACAAGAAUAAAGUCAGAAAACUGCCCUGUUGCUUUGGUUUCAUUGCCACCUGGCUUGCCAAAAGGAAACAGAAAAGACGAGACAAGAAAAGAAAAGCGAUUGCCAACAGAUCCGGCCUGCCAAAUCUCGUGCAAUAUGAACACAAGAAGGCAAGGGGAGGUGAAGCUUUUGUCAUAGAGGUUGAUAGUAAACCUGUCAUAAAGAAGCCGCUCCUUCCACCAAUAAAACAAACAGACGGACCUAUUCGCCGUGGCGCUGACAACAGGCUUCAGACAGCUGAGAAAAGGAGGGCCGAUGAAUUGGCGAAACGAAAAGCUGCUACAGAAACCUAUGAAAGAAAAAGGAAAAAAUGUAAGGCAAGAAAGUCAGAACUUGACAUAGACUUCAGGAAUAAAGCCGAUCUUAACAUCAGAUUCAAACAAGCCGACGCUGAAAGGAACCGCAAUAACCUAAGCCGCCGCACAACAACAGCGACCAGGCCUGUUACAUCCAUCCGGUCUUCAUCCUGCGAAUCUGUGAGCAUUGAAGGUGAUCCAUGCGCAUUUAUUGAUGACGACAACGAUCCAGACGCAUGGAAAGUCGACGAUGUCGACAUCUUCUCCUACUAAACUGUAUGCACACCGACUGCCUCCUGAAAACGGUAGACAAAAUAAACUUUGCUGGUCACAUUACAGGACGUAAAAUACGUAAAAAUUCAAAAGUUUUAUUCGUUUGAUAAGCUGUAAAUUGUUUACUUAUUGAAUGAAUGAUAAAAACAAAGCAGAUUAUGAAAUAACGAUUUUGAUUGACAUAAUGUCGAGGUUUGCAGUUGUUUUUUUCUGUGUAAAAUCAAAUACUUUGUACUCUGAGAUUUGACCUAUUUUAGUAUCAAUAUGUGCUUUGUAAUUCCACUUGAUCAAAUCCGAUUUUUUUCUUCAGUUAAAAACAUUUUUUGUUGUUGAAAUAUUUGAUAUUUAUCAAUUCAAGGGAUAUCUUUAUUGCAGAUUACGAGUAUGUAGUUAUUCUGGCCACAUCUGUUUUCAUGCCAUAAUAUAUAAAUAAAAACAAUAAAAUAAUCUGAAAAAUACAAAAAAAAAGGAAUCUACCUCUACAAUCAUGAUUUAUCACAGUGAGGUAUGAGAAAAAAACGAUGAUUUUUUAGUAUUAAAAUAUUCCGAAAACCAACAACAAUCAUUAAAAUAUGUCCUUAAUUACAUCUAUCUGCAUUUGACUUGUCAUGAGCAGGUAUGAUAAAUAAUACUAAAACAGCUACAAGUUAAUUUACAUCAUCUGGAUUAAUAUUAUUCUUUUAAAGAAGGAUCAUGAAAUAUCAAAGUGAGACUAUUUUCAUUUUACAAAGUUUGGCAUGUAAUAAAACAGUGGUCAUCUAUUAUGAAACUUUUUGUGGAUUCUUUUCUAUUGAUAUCAGUUUCUUUAAAUUUUUUUUUGUAAAUUGAUCACAUAAAAGAUGGUAUGAAAUAAGACUGUGGCCAGUUAUAUACGGAUUGUUGGUGCUUGGUAGUUUCCAUUCUACAAAUAUCAUUUUCUUAGAUAGGCAUCUUUUCUGUAAACUCCUCUUUGGCAUGAAUAAAAUAUUACAUUGGUCACUUAUGAUGCUUUAACAAAUUGUUGGCGCUUAUCAUUUUCUCAACAAAUAAUCAUUAAACACAAAAGUAGUCACUCAUCUAAAAUUUUGGGCAUGAAAUAAAACAGUGGUCAGUUAUGACAACUUUAGCAAAUUACUUUCUAUUACAAGCAUAAACAGAAUAUUUGAGAAUUAUUUUCUGCGAAUAAGUUCAAAAGGAAUUGAACAGAUUUGUAUCGUAUUUAAGAAAUAUUCUAAAAACUUCCAGAAAUUAUAUUUACGAAGAAUAAUAUUAUCAUAGAAUUUUUAUAAUUACUUAAAUCAAUCACUACACUUUAAUAUUGUUUUUCUAAUUAGAAAUUGUUCUGUCACGUGACUCAGCUCCAAAUGCAUGUCUUUCGUUGUAGGGUGGUUGUCGGUCGUGAUUUUGGCAUUGCUUUUAAAGAAAUCAAGAUAAAUUUUGUUUUUAUCAAAAAUAAAGAGUUAUAGAAUUAGUUAACCAAAGUU